GUAUGCUAGCGAAACGUAGGAGUUUUGUUCGUAGUAUCGCCUCAUUAUUCUCUGCUCUAGGUCAAAUUCACAGGUCAGGUGUGAACCGCCUGACAACACCGCUACAGCGUUUCAAAAGGUUGCAUAAUUCUCUCUUGCAAUCAUUGGAUCGCAAGCUAGCUUGCUACCUCACGCACCCAUCAGAAUGGCUGGCGCGGUGAGUAGCAGAGGUUGUCUCAAAAUAAGGGGCGCUCAAAUAAGGGAUCUCCUCGAUUCUAAACACAACGUCUUAUUCGACUGUGACGGUGUGAUUUGGAACGGCGAAACGGUGGUUACCGGCGCCCCGGAGGUGGUGACUCUGUUGAAGCAACAAGGUAAACGGGUAUUUUUUGUCACAAACAAUUGCACCAGGCCCAGGGAAAACUACGUGCAGAAGUUUUGUAGAUUGGGUUUUACAGAUGUUGCGGAGGAGGAGAUAUUUAGUUCGGCUUACUGCUCUGCGGCGUACCUGCGCGAUGUUGCCAAGGUGCAGGGAAAAGUGUAUGUCAUUGGAUGUCAAGGAGUGUUGAAAGAGCUCCAAGACGCAGGUGUCCCCGUCGUUGAGGAAGACAACGACAGCUCGUCUUUCAGCAUUUAUGACUUUCCGUUAGAUCCAGACGUCAGAGCUGUACUCGUUGGUUACGAUGAAAACUUUAACUUCAUGAAACUGGCUAAGGCUUGUUGUUACCUUCGGAACUCUGAAUGCCUGUUCUUGGCCACCGACCCUGACCCUUGGCACCCGCUCCGAGGAGGAAGAAUCACACCAGGUUCUGGAAGUCUCACGGCAGCCUUGGAGACAGCCAGUAACCGUAAAGCAACGGUUAUCGGAAAACCGAGCCGCUUCAUGUACGAAUGCAUCGCCAGCCAAUUCGAUUUGGACCCGGCCAGGUCGCUCAUGAUCGGCGACCGCCUGGAGACGGACAUUCUCUUCGGCAUCAACUGUGGCCUUGCGACGAUGCUUACCCUGACCGGUGUGUCGACUUUCGAAGAAGCACAGCAAUACAAGGACAGUGAUUCGCCAGAGAAAAAGGACUUUGUGCCGGAUUACGUGGUCGAAUCCAUCGCAGACUUCUUGCAGGUGUUGGAAGAGUAGUGACGUCAGCGGCAAUGCUUCAAAAAGUCUGUGUUUGAGACUCAAAAUGUUGCGUCAGUGGUCCGCUCUGACAUUUGCUGUCAUUGCUCUGUGUCCAGCCUCUUUCUCUGUACUGUCUGUCAUUAAGGUUUACUCAGAUUUACCGUAUGUGUUGAGAUCUCUUUGGGUUAAAGCAGUCGUCAUUCCCCGAGCAGUGUCAUAUUGCCUUGAGCAAUCUUUAAGGGCCUUGUGCCUCCGAAAAAGCACACCCCCAACCCCCGACCCCAGAAGUAUUUGGAGGGUUUGGAAUGCACCCUUACGCUCAACUAGACUGAGGCAUGCCCCAGUAAAACCUCACAUGAAGCAUUAGUUAUAUAGGACCAUUAGAAAAAAAAAUCUUGGAGUGUUGUAGCUGUAAUCAUUCAAAAAUGUUUCGCUCUGUCAUAAAAGGAGCAGUUAAACAGUAAUACUAACACAUAGCCAGUUAUGUAACUUUAGAGAACCUAGGCUGUCCCUUGUACAGUUUUUGUAGAACUUGGUUUAAAAGUGACAGCCUCUGUGUUACUAUGGAAACUGUGUCAAGGAGUCCACGGAAAGCCAACUGGCUGUGUUCUCCUGUGCGUGAGUUUACAAGGGUCAAGCUCCCUCUUGUGGCCACAAAUGGACACGCAACUUGUAGGUACAGUUAAGUGAAUGCUGCUCUCCUCCAAGCAAUACUGGACAACACUGUGUCGUUUGUAGUCUGUUUAAAAAAAAAAAAAAAAAUGGAAAAAGUGAUAGAGGUGGCAUGGCUUUGCUCUCCUCAAAUCAGAAGACAGGAGCAGGUGAUGGGGAGACUUGUGACCGUGGUAACCAUGCAUUC